AUGUCGGGUAUUGAAGAGAGUUUACCAAUACCAAUCACCAAUGGUUUAACACCAUCAGUAUCUAUGAAUGAAAGUAUUAACGAUAAUCCUCAGAAAGUUCAAUCUCAUAAUAAUGUGUCAGAUAAUGUCAACGAAGAUGAUGAGUCAUGGCUAUACGGAAGCAAUGUACCAUCAAAAAAUAAAAAUGAAGACAUUGGAGAUAGUGCAUUGGCACCGUCAGUUGAUGAAGUUACAACUCAUGAAAUAAAUUCACGGGAAAAAAUCACUGCACAAAUAACGGAUGACAAUGUGAUGGACUCGGAUGAUGAUGAUGAUCAGAUUGAAGUAAUGAUUAGAGAUUUUAAAUCACCAUCAAUCUACCCAACAGCACGACAAAAUAGUCGAACAGCUAUUGGUGUUGGAUUAGGUGGAAAACCCCCUACAAAAGGUGUUGAUUUAGAUGCUCAAGGACAAAUCAAUGGAGUACCGACAUUUGAACAUGAUAUAUUAAGUGCUUUUAAAGAUGAUGAAAAACCAUGGAAAAAACCGGGUGCUGAUAUAACUGAUUAUUUUAACUACGGUUUUACUGAGGAUACAUGGGGACAAUAUUGUGAUCGACAACGACGAUUGAGAGCAGAAAAUAACUUGGCAAGAAUAAAUGCAACAUCAAACAUCCAACAUAUUCCACAGAUUGGUGGUCAGAUUGGGACGGUUGUCAAUAAACAAAUAAGACCAUUCGUGCAAAUGAAAAAACCAGUGGGAACAAUUGACGUUAUUGGAGCUACUGAUCAGACAUCACGUCGUCCAACAUUUGAAACUGGCUAUGAUCACGCACCAAUGCAAUUUAUCAAUGGACCGCAAUAUCCACCGCCUGGUGUACCUGCACCUCAUCCUUCUCAGUCUGGUCCAAAUUCAUCUAUUCCUGAUUUAGCCACACCUCCUCCUGGCUUUACUACACAGCAAACAAUGGCAAAUGUUACAUCGAAUUCAAAUCAACAACAGCAAUCCCCACAACAUGGCACAUCGCCUCAGCACCAUCAAAUUCCAACAUUAGGCGUUGGAGGACCACAUCGUUUACCAAUGCCAGGUAUGCCCAUGGGUCCACCAAUGCUUCGCCAUCCACAAUUUGGUCCACCACCGCAGCAUCCGUUUUAUGGAGGACCAAUGCCUGGUGUUAUGCCUCAUGAAAGACCUCCAAUGCCUGUCGGUGGUCCUUAUUUUAUUCCACGUCAUCAACAACCAUGGGAAAAAACUUUAUCUGCAGCAGCUGUGAGUUAUCAUUUUCCACCACCUCACAAUUCACCCAAUGUUGGUUUAAGAUCCCCACGUAGUGCAACACCAGAGGAUCAUUCAUCGAGAAGUUCAACACCCGAAGAAAGUCGAGAAGAAAAAACAAAAGAAGAUCGACACAAAGAUAAAUACAAUAGAGAUCAUUAUGAUCGUGAUCGACGUUCACCAAAAGAUCGUUAUAGACAUCGUGAAUAUGAGCGAUCUGAAUAUGAACGUCCAAGAAGUGACAGAGAUGAUGAAAGAAGACGAAAAUCAAAAUCAAGAGAUAGAGAUGAUAAAUAUGAACGUUAUUCAAGAAAACGCCACCAUCGAGAGGACUCGCGACAUCAUCGUGAGGAUGAACGAUAUGAACGUACAUCAUCUAGUCAUCGACACAGAAAUCCUCAGACAUCUCAUACAUCAUUUUCCUCUCCCCCAAAAGGUAUCACAACAACUUCUCCAGAUAACAAUGAUGAACAACAACAAGCAUCACAAUCAUCUUCACGUCAUUCAAAAGGAGACGAACGUGAUCGAAAACAUAAAAAGUCAUCAAAGCGCUCUAGGCGUAGCAGUGAAGAACGUGAUCGUGACCGGGAGAAAGAUAGAGGAGAACGAUCAAGUGGUCGUUCAAAAGAUGAAAGUAGAAAAUCAUCAUCGUCUAAUGCUGUUACCGCAACUCAGGCAUUAUCCACAUCUUCAUCCUCCUUGAAUGCACAGUCAGCAGAUAUAACAACGUCAACGAUAUCAAAUGACGCUGCAGUACAGUCGAAAGAAAAUGAUUAA